AUGGCCCUGGGACAGACGCUGCUCGGCACUAUGUCCCGGACAGCCAGCCGCCCGCAGUGCACUCUGCAGGCUCUCGUCCUCCUCAGCGUCCUGCUGGGCAUGGUGGUGUCCUUGCCGGCCAGCCGGCCACGACUGGACUCCAGGGGCUGGAGCACCCUGCUGUCCAGGACUCGCGCCCGGCUGGCCGGGGAGGUCGCCGGAGUGAAGUGGGACAGUGGGUAUUUAGUGGGCAUCAAGCGGCAGCGGCGGCUCUACUGCAACGUGGGCAUUGGCUUUCACCUCCAGGUGCUCCUGGACGGCCAGAUCAGCGGGACCCACGAAGAGAACCCCUACAGCCUGCUGGAAGUCUCCACCGUGGAGCGCGGGGUGGUGAGCCUCUUUGGGGUGAGGAGCGUCCUCUUCGUGGCCAUGAACAGUAGAGGAAGACUGUAUGCAACGCCCCGCUUCCGAGACGAAUGCAGGUUCAGAGAAAUCCUGCUGCCCAACAAUUACAACGCCUAUGAGUCGGACGUGUACCGCGGGGCGUACAUCGCACUGAGCAAACACGGACGGGCACGACGGGGCAACAAAGUGUCCCCACUCAUGACCGCCACUCACUUCCUUCCCCGGAUGUGAAGACCCACAGAUCACGGCCACACCC